AUGGGCAAAUUUUGGGAUAUGACAAGGAGGUUUUUGGUUCCUAGAACAAGUAUUGAGAAAGUGAAUGUUAAGCAAUCGGAAGUCGAAGUAGAAGAAACACCCCCUAACGUAACCAAUGAGUUUAAUCCAAAUGAGAUUGUGCGUGAUCCAGGAUGUAGGAAACAAAUUCAUGAGCAUGCUCCGGAUAUUCAAGACCAAGUAAGGAGGGCAUAUAUAUUGAAGGGUCCAACGCAACCAGAUUUAGCAAGAUUUCCUCGUACUCAAUUUGGGAAGUAUUCAAGAGCAUUUUUCUUCAACAAAGACGGAUUUAAGGAUUGGAAGCAUGCAUCUAAAGGAUUUAAAGAUCAUAUUGGUAGUCAUGAUAGUAAGCACAACUCAUGUGUGAAGCACUAUGAUGAUUAUAAUAAUCAAAGACAAAGUGUGACAAGUAUAUUUGCUAGAGCAACUAGGGAAUUAGAAGAAUUGUAUAAGAUCCGUUUAACUUGUUCUUUAGAUUGUACUAGAUAUCUCUUAGCACAAGGCAUUGCUUUUCGUGGCCAUGAUGAAAUCUCUACUUCUCUAAACAAGGGAAAUUUUAGAGAGAUGGUGGAUUGGGUAAAAUCUAAUGAUGAAAAAGUAAGAGAUGCUUUUGAUCGUGGUCCAAAAAAUUGCACGAUGACUUCCGGUGACAUUCAAAAAGAGCUUGCAACGUGUUGUGCACAUGAAGUUACCAAGGUGAUUAUGGAAGAGAUUGGUGAUAGACAAUUCUCUGUGCUUAUUGAUGAGUCACGUGAUAUAUCUGUCAAGGAACAAAUGGCGGUGAUGUUGAGGUUAGUACAAUGA